AUGAAAUCGUUCUUUCUCUACUUGCCGCUGCUCUUAUCGCACAACGCGGUCAUAGCCGCUCCAUCAAACCCAUGCUCAUGCGACACCGAGGUAAUUGAUCUAGGGUUUGCGAGGCACAAGGUGACCUUGCGAAGUCAAACCCUUAACGGCCACCUGGUCAAUGUUUACAAGAACAUCCGUUUCGCAGAGCCAGCAAGGAGGUUCAAUAGGCCUACAUUUCCACCAAUUGCGGAUGAUCCGGGAGUCGUCCGCACGGGCAAUUACACCCACGACACACAGUGCGUGAGCGCGGUGCCUCAAGGAGUGGAGAUUAUAUAUCCAGGAGUCAACGGCACGGUCUUCGGCAGUGAAGAUUGCCUGUUUCUUGAUGUCUAUGUCCCUGCUGAUCUCCCAUGCCGAGUAUCUCAAACCUCUCCAAACAGCAAGAGUGCCGGUGUUCCAGUGCUGCACUGGCUCUACGGUAGUGCAUAUGCGUUCGGAUCGAAGGAGUUUUACUUCACCCCACUUGGACUAUUCGACCAGUUGCUUUCUCAAGACAGUCCAUUCAUUCUUGUCGUCAGCAACUACCGCAUGGGUGUAUAUGGUUGGGCAUCAUCGCCGAAUGAAGAGCAGACGGAGGCAAAUAUCGGGCUUUACGAUGGACUGGCAGCACUGAAAUGGUCGGAGAAAUACAUCCACCACUUUGGAGGCGAUCCCAGCAGGAUUACAGCCGGUGGACAGAGCACCGGCGCCGCCAUAGUCGAGCUCUUGUCUGCGAGUGCAGAGGACAGAUAUUUACCGUUUCAGCAAGCGUUCAUUUCGUCUCCAGCUUUGCCGUUGAAGUGGAAUACCACUCAACGGAGGCGGGAGGUUUUCGACACCGUUCUGGAUGCUGCAAAUUGCUCUUCGCUAAUAUGCUUGCAAAGUGUUAGUGAGGAAGAGCUGCGUGAAGUGAAUCGCUAUCUUCUCAAUGACGUCCCGAGUUUAAGCGGAGGAGGGAAUUUCGGUCCUGGUAUUGGAUUUGGCCCAAUCGUGGAUGGCGAUUUCGUCCCUGAUCUCCCGGUUGGGAUUCCAACGCUGUCAAAAAGCUUAGGCCGGCUCAAGGCCAUAAUCUCCGCCAACAUGGCCAAUGAAGGCGCAAUUACAUCCUCCGGUCGUGGCAUGCCAGAGGGAUUCCCUAGCCUCGUGCGAAGGAUCCUGCCGUCGGCCACUGACGAGACGAUUGCCCGAAUCCAAGCACUUUACCAAUGGCCCGAUGCAGCCCCUGAGCAGCUCGCAUGGCAAUGGACAGCCGAUGCAGUCUUUGUUUGCCAUUCCAUAGCCAUCGCAGAAGCAUUGGAGACGUCCACUAGAAGAUAUGUCAUGUCGAUUCCGCCGGCGUAUCAUGGCCUGGACUCAUUGUAUUACUUCUACACCGACGACCAGAUUACUCCGGUGCAAGACAUCGCUAUUGCAAGAUCGCUGCAGGCGCUGCUUGGUGAGUUUUUGUAUGGCUCUGAACCUGUGAUGAUAAACGAAGGGAUCGAGUGGCCUGUCUACGGCGCCGGUAGCUUUCUUAACAUCACCGCAUUGGGGGCAAAAGUAGAGGACCUUGAUGGUCGGGAAGCACAGCGUUGCGCCGUCAUCAAUGAAAUCUUUGCAGAUCAGAAGAACGGAAUUUGA